UUAUUCUAAAUGAUUCAAACAAAUAAAUUAUGAGGAUGCAUUUGAGCACUCAAUUUGUCUAAUAAUAAUCAAAGUGCAUUUAACUAUUUCCGCUAAGUCGAUUAACCUUGACCGAGUGAAUCAGUUUUGUAACAAGUGUCAUAAACGUCGUUCGUGUUUUAUUAUUAUUAAUUACUUUGCAAUUACUUUGAGUUACUGUUUUGGUGAUUUAUCAUCGUAAUAAAAAUGGAAGAAAACGGAAGCGGGGUUCAGUCCUUAGCACAGCUAUUAACUAAACGGAAAAAAUUGAUGGAUCUCCGAAACACCAUAAUAUCUAUAGACACAUGCAGAACAGAAUUGAAUACCGUAGAUCUUGUGGCAAAUCAUCACAGUAAUCCCGUUACUCCAUACUCAAAUGAGCAACGAUCCAUUUCUCCACUGCCAUUUUCACCCCUUACUCCACUUAUUGCUAUGAAAACAACUAACAAGAACAUCAGUUUAUCAGAAGGUCCAUCUAAUUCAGGUGUUUUACAGUCAGAUAUAGAGAAUAUUGUGUCUGUUCCACCAUGUUCAACCGAAACGCCAUCUUCAUCACCACUUCGACCGAUGUCCCCAGAAACCCAAGAACUGUUUAACACACUAAGUGAACAUCAGAACAUAUUAUUAGACAAUAGGGAUAUUUCACAUCAUGAGGAUAUCGUAUGUGAUUUCGAUAGCGAUGAUAGUGUUAGGGAUCCGAAUUUUAACAUAUGUCAUAAACGAGGUGUUAACAUAAGCGAGUCAACUACUUCUUGUUCAUCUUUGAAUAAUAAUGAAGCAUGUGCUAAUAAUUUAAUGUUAUUAGAAGAACAGCAUAACGAUAUCGAAGUUAAAUCAACUACUGAUAUACCAAUAGAACCAGUACCCGUAAUAAAUGAUGAUGAUACUGUAAAAACUGGUAGACCAAAAAAAGGACGUAAACGUAAAUAUCCUCAGAGUCGUGAUGAGAGAAAACGUAAUAAAUAUAAUAAUAUAGAAUAUACAACAACUAAAAAUGAAAUAAUUAAACCUAAAGUUUUUGUAGACUAUCGGUGCAAGUGUUUAAAAAAAUGUGCUGACUUAAUUCCAGUAGAGGUUAGAAAACAAGAGUUUGAAAAAUUUGUUAAACUAGGUUCCUUUAACGCUCAGGUGCUUUACAUAAUAUCUUGUGUCACUGAAUAUAAUAAAAAACGUAGUUACACUAUGUGUAACGUACCCGGUGCAAGAAAAAAGCCCAGACAAUUCUAUCGUGUAUAUAAGAUCAAAGACGUACAGGUAUGUCGCGAUAUGUUUUUGAAAACAUUUCAAAUAACGACUCAAAAAGUCACAGUGUCAUUAAAAAAACGUAGAAGUGGCGAACCUAUUGUGGAUGGUAGGGGAAUACAUAGAGGUGACAUAAAUAAGUUGACAGAUGAGGAUCAUAAAUUCAUUGUUGAUAUUAUUAACAAUCUUCCGAAAUACGAGUCACAUUAUCGAAGAAAUAAUAACAGUGGCACUUUAUAUUUACGACCCGGUAUGACAAUAAAUAAAAUUUAUGAUAUAUAUACAAAAGAACACGCAGAAAUGUAUGGUAUCGAUCGCAAAUGCGCCUCCUUUGCGACAUUGAAAAAGAUUUUCUAUGCUGAUUUUAAUUUAAAAUGUAAAAAAUUAAAAAAAGAUACUUGCAAUAAGUGUGACCAAUUAUUCAAUCAAAUCUCUAAUGCCAAAACUGAACAGGAACAAGAAGAUGCUAAAACUGAGAGGCUUAAACAUUUAGAAAGAGCAGAAAUGUUAAGAAAUCAGAUGAAUCAGGAUUUUAUAGACGCAAGAAACAUACCGGAUGUUGAGUGUUUAACCUUUGACUUGGAAAAGACAUUGCCACUACCGCGGAUACCAACAAAUGUUGCCUUUUAUAAAAGGCAACUGUGGCUUUACAAUAGUGGUAUCCACUCUGCAUCUGAUGACGUAGGACACUGCUAUGUUUGGGUCGAAGGUGAAGCGGGUAGAGGGGCGCAGGAGGUAGGAUCAUGUUUAGUGAAAUAUAUUAAAACAAAACUACAGCCGUCUGUUAAGAAUCUUAUACUCUGGAGCGAUUGCUGCGGAGGGCAAAACAGGAACAUUAAAAUAGUGCUCUUACUAAAAACUGUCUUAAGUUGUUGUCACUCAACAUUAGAAAGCAUUACAUUUCGCUUCCUUGAAUCUGGGCAUACCUUUUUACCUAACGAUACGGACUUCUCUAAAAUUGAAACUGCUUUAAAACAUCACCAGCGUAUAUAUACAGCCGAAGAGUAUAUAGAUAUUUUUAAAAAUGCUAAAAAAAAGAAACCGUUGCAAGUACAAAGAAUGGAGAAAGCUGAUUUUUAUGGAACUGAAAAGAUUGAAAAAAAUAUAAUGAACAGAAAAAAAUUUAGUGACAAAAGUAAAGUAAGCUGGCUAAAUGCCAAAGAAAUAAAAAUAGAAAAAAAUAAAUUAUACUCAAUAUUUAUGAGAACUUCGUUUGAGGAAGAGUUUAAGGAGUUGCUUAUAGACAAAAAGAACAGAGAAAUAAAGAAAGAUGAUUUAAUUCUUUUGUGGCCUAACGGAAAACCGAUCGCACCAGCUAAGUUGGCCGAUUUAGAAUCAAUGUACAUGUUUAUACCGGAGGACUGUGUCCAGUUUUAUAAAAAUUUAAAAAGUUCGGAUAAGUUUAUCGAUGAUUUUGAUGGGUUUGGCGGGGAGCCUGACUUCGAGAUAAUUGAUGAAUAAAUCAUCAGUUUUUUUUAACUAAGUUUUUUAUAUUUGUUGAAAACUUAUUGUGUGCUCAAGUUAUUUUCUAAUAUAUUUUUGUUUCAUUUAAUUGCUAAAGCUUCGUUCAUUGCAAAAGUUGAUGAUUUUGAUUUUUUAUUUUAACCGAUUUCUUGUUAGUCUUAAGUUUUUCAUAAUAAAUCCUUCUUAUUUCGUAACAAGUCGUAUUUAUUUAAAAUUAAUAAAUGUGG